GCGUCCACGUCACCCCAAUCCAGAACCCAACACUCUCCACUCCACUCCUACGACCCAUCUUAUCUGCAGACAAACCCACCACCAGCAUCAGUAGCCAAGUCGGUCGGUGACUGACCACACACACUCUCGAGCUCGCCUUGGCGUUGCAAUGGCCGGGAUCGCCUGCCCUGCCUACCCGUGGCCGCAGGACGCGUCUCAGCGCGGGCCGAAGGUGUUCAUGCAGAGCGACUGCGCGGCGUGCCACUCCAUGCUCCCCUACGCCGGCCUCCGGGAAGCGGCGCCGCACGGCCCCCUGGUAGCUCAGGCGGCCGAGAUCGUCGUCGCCGCGGAGGAGGCGCAGCCGGCGGCGGUGGCGAGGCCACUCUACGGUGGCGCGCCGGACAUCACCACUGUCGUGACAAAAAUCCAGGAUGGGCUUCGGUGCAACCUGUACACCACCGGCGGCGCCGCCGUGUGCCAGGACCUGAAGAGGAAGACGGCGCCGCCAAGCUCCGUCUGGCUGCAGUUUGCUCAGCCAUACCUGAGGGGUUUCCAGGCAGCUUGACCGACCCAUCUCCAGCUGACACCCUCUGCUGCGCUGAAGCUUUAUCUGAUUCUGCCGAAGCCGUCUGUCACAUGUAUAAAUCACAUUGCAUUUGCGCCUUGCGCUUGGAUCAUGUAGUACCGAAAUAAACCGCUCCUGUAAAAACAUUUUCAUUUAAAAUUCAUGCAUUCGAAACAUGCCAUAAACUGUAUUGCCCAUCGGCCAUAGCAGCCUACUUGUGACGGUAAAGAAAAUUUGGGAAAUCAA